AUGCCGACACGGGGUGCCAUACGGGCCAUCGUACGCGCUCGAGUUGGCGGCGGGGGCCGAGUUCUUUCCCGCGGUGAGUCUGUUUCGACGGCGAUUGGGUCGAUGGCGCUGUCUUGUGCGAAUGAAGUGAUGAGCGUGUUUCGAGAGGCCAUCCACCACGACAACGACGCCGUGAGGAUGCGGUGGCUGGCACCGAUGGUGGCGCAGUUCGAACAUGUGCCUGUGGGCAAGGACGUCGAUCCUUUGACUGUAAACGAAGCUGGCCCUGAACACAAGUGCAUCCAGUACAAGCUCUUUCACGGCGGUGUGCACAAACGAACGGAAAAAAACGCCUUCCUCAAGCAAUUCAUGGACGGACAUUGGUCGACCUUGGACAAGACGAUGCUGCGAUUUGUGGGCGGGAGUGCGCUGGUGCUACGGAUGGGCGGGCCCGCCCUCGACCGCGCCAUUCGGGGCGUGGUCGUGUACCUCCUCGCUCUGCAAGUCGCGAGCGAUGGCGGCGCCGAGCUAGAUCCAAGCACCAACCCAAAAAUCAACUCGCUCAGUCCGUCGCAUUUCCAACGCCAACUGUCUGGUCCCCAAACCCAGUUUGACAUGUUGUACUCGGAGAUGUAG